CAAAAAUGACAAAAAUGACAAAAAUGACAAAAAUGACAAAAAUGACAAAAAUGACAACAAUGAUAAAAAUGAAGAAUGACAUCAAUGACAUCAUCAGAAAUGACAAAAUUAUUUACAAAAUCUGCAAGACUCUUUCGUAAAAAGGUAAUUUUUCUAAUUCUAGAUUUCUUAUUUUGAUUUUUUUUUUCAUCAUUGUUAAUUGUAAUCGAUCGCGCUCUUCCGAAUGAACUCUUAGGGAAAACCGCGCCUCCAACUUCGGAAAGGAAUAUUGAGAGCAAAAACAAACGGAGAGAGAGCUUUCGCGCACGGUCAUCCGGAUUCAUUUCGUAACCGCCGCGAUAUAUUUGAACUUAUCACGAAACGUGACUGUUUUCCGCACCACAGUCGCAUGGCAAAACUGAACGGAAUCGGUCGUUUCCCUUGAGUCGUCUCAAAGUGUUGAUAUACUUCUUAUUUUAAGAACUGUGCAAACAAAUGCAACAAUUGAGUGAUAGUGUUUAAUAAAGAUAAACUUCAAGAUGCUAUAUGUGACUGUUUUAGUAGUCUCCGGAUUGUUGGCUUCUGCCCUCUCCAAGCAGUGUCCAAACUCGGACGACGUUUGCGUUCCGGUUCGAUAUUGUCCCCCGAUUGAUUCGGCCAUCCGGAAGCUUUUGAUUAAGCCGAACCGGACAUUGGCGAAUCAAAUUUAUAAACGAGCAUGCCAUUCGGUUGACGAGGAAGAGCCCAGGGUUUGUUGCAACAUUGCCGAUCUACCGGUUGACAAAACUUGUCAGACGAGGGCCGGCUACGAUGGACAAGGACGUUGUGUAGCCCCCGAAAAGUGUCCAACUAUUGCCGAUGGUUUGAUAAGUCUCCGACAAAGUGCCAAUUUGAGGGCCGAGAUGGAACGGGCACUAUGCUAUCGGAACGAGACCCAUUCGUACUAUUGCUGUCCGGAAAAGGUCCUGGCCAAUAAGGUCAAACCGCGGGACCGUCCUACAUCGAAAGUUUCCAAACGCAGCUUCCGAGCCGUCGAAAAUGAAAAUCGGGGAUUCCCUCGGCUGGAGCUAGAGUUCAAUUUCGAUCGCGUGGAGAUUGGCGCCAACCAAUUAACGAAUGAAUCGCCAGACUUCGAGGCGGCGUGGCCUUUCUUACAACGUCUAGGAAUUAUACGCUUUUUUAAACGAUGAUACGAAUCCCAAUUGUUUUUUUUUUAUUUUUGUGGAACAACUGA